AUGGUAACCGAAUCGUAUUAUUUUCCGACUGUACCAUCUGUUGCCCUGCCUAUCCGCCAGGCCAUAGCAGGGCUGAGGCGGCAGCUGCUGGGGACACUUGGCGAGCUGGGAUUGGUGGAUGUGCACCGGGGCAUGGAUGAGGCCAACAGCAGGAGCAACGACCCCGAGUUUGUGCGAGCUGCGCUGCUUGCUGGGCUGUUCCCUGGUGUUGCAUCGGCAGUGGCCAACAGCAGGAGCAACGAACCGGAGUUCGUUCGAGCUGCGCUGCGCUGCUGGCUGGACUCUUCCCUGCAGGUGCUUUUGAGGCGCCUCAAAAGGACUGUUCCCAGCAGGUGCUGCUGCUGUGGUGAGAGGGGGAGCAAGGGGGUGUACCGUGUAUGUGAGUGCAUGCGCGCGUGCGAUUGUUUUAUUUGUUGA